CGGGGGGGGGCCGCGGGAGCCCCAGCGCGAGCGGCGCCAGCGUGAGGACCCGGCCCGGCUCCCUCAGGCUGCUGAAGGAUGGGUGACGACCGGCCCUUCGUGUGCGGCGCCCCGGGCUGCGGACAGAGGUUCACAAACGAGGACCACCUGGCGGUUCAUAAACACAAGCAUGAGAUGACAUUGAAAUUCGGCCCCGCUCGCACCGACUCCGUCAUCAUCGCAGACCAGACUCCGACCCCGACUCGGUUCCUGAAGAACUGUGAGGAGGUGGGACUCUUCAACGAGCUGGCCAGCUCCUUCGAGCACGAGUUCAAGAAAGCUGCUGAGGAUGAUGAGAAAAAGAGCUCCGGGGCCCUGGACAUGUCCCUGCCCUCCACGCCGGACAUCAGGAUCAAGGAGGAGGAGCCGGUGGAGGUGGACUCGUCCCCGCCGGACAGCCCCGCGUCACGGCCACGCUCGCCCCAGCACAAGGACAAGGAACUGCCCUCCAAGCCGCUGAUGCUCUCCACACCCACGCCCACCAUCGUGCGGCCGGGCUCGCUGCCGCUGCACCUGGGCUACGACCCCCUGCACCCCACGCUGCCGUCCCCCACCUCCGUCAUCACCCAGGCCCCCCCCUCCAACAGACAGCUGGGGUCUCCCACCGGCUCCCUCCCGCUCGUGGUGCAGCUCGCCAACGGCCAGGCCAUGCCCGUGCUGCCCGGCCCCCCCAUGCAGAUGCCGUCUGUCAUUUCGCUGGCCCGGCCGGUGGCCAUGGUGCCCAACAUCCCUGGCAUUCCCGGGCCCCCCAUCAACAGCAGCGGGUCCAUCUCGCCCUCGGGACUCCCGGCACAGUCCGAAGCCAAAAUGAGGCUGAAGGCCAGCCUGGCAGCAUCAUCCUCGCUGAACGGCGGCAGCCUGGUGGUGGGCUCGGCCAGCACCAUGGUGAGCGCGCGGCCGGAGCAGAGCCAGCUCCUGGUGCAGCACCCCGACGCCCCGUCCCCGGCCCAGCCACAGGUGUCCCCUGCCCAGCCCACGCCCAGCACGGGCGGGCGCCGCAAGCGGGCGGUGGACGAGGACCCGGACGAGCGGCGGCAGCGAUUCCUGGAGCGGAACCGCGCGGCCGCCUCGCGCUGCCGCCAGAAGCGCAAGCUCUGGGUGUCCUCCCUGGAGAAGAAAGCCGAGGAGCUCACGAGCCAGAACAUCCAGCUGAGCAACGAGGUGACGCUGCUGAGGAAUGAGGUGGCUCAGCUGAAGCAGCUGCUGCUGGCCCACAAGGACUGUCCUGUCACGGCCCUGCAGAAGAAGACUCAGGGCUACCUGGAGAGCCCGAAGGAGAGCUCGGAGCCCACGGGCUCCCCCGCGCCCGUCAUCCAGCACAGCUCGGCCUCGGCCGCGCCCAACGGGCUCAGCGCGGCGCGCUCGGCCGCCGAGGCCGUGGCCACCUCGGUGCUGGCCCAGAUGGCCGGGCAAAGGACAGAGCUGGCCGUGCCCGUGGCCUCGCACGUCAUCAUGGCCCCACAGUCGCAGUCUGCCGGCAGAUGAUGGCCCCGGGCCCGAGGAGCGCCCGCUGCGGCCGCACGGACUGACCACAGCCCCGGCGCUGACCGGCGGCGGCCCGCCGGGGUUUUUCUUUUUUGGGGUUUUAUUCUUUUUUUUUUUUUUUUUUGUUGUUGUUGUUUUGUUUUGAGUUAAGGGCAGCUCUGGCGCUUUCCCCGCUGCGCAGCCCCCGCAGAGCCCCCGGGCAGGGCGGAUCCCGGGAUCGUGGGGUUAACACUAAACUCGGAGCUGCCCUGGGCAGGGCGCUGUGACACUCCGAGCUGUCCCGGUCUGCUCCCAGCCCCGUCCCCGCUCCCCGGACCGCUGCACCUUCGCCAGGAGCCGCCCGGAGCUCUGAGCUCCCUCCCCCAGCCCAGCCGUGGGUUUUGGACACGAGGGGAAGCGGGACUGCCCCGGCUUUGUGCCCUGGGACAAGGGGACAGCGUGGGGCUGGGGACAGACGCGUCCCCGGGCUCCCGGGGGCUGCUCCCAGGCAGGGGCUGGGAAAGGUACGGCCUGGCCAGGGCUGCUCCCGCGUUCCCGAUGGAAACGGGGUCAGGACACGGGGCAGAGCCCAGCCGGCAGAGACACCGUGAGACCCCAAACCCGGCACCAACCCCGGCACCGCCGGGAUCGCCUCCCGCCCACGGCACCUCGGUAACGGUGGCCUUAAAUCAUGGAAUUGUUGCCCGUUCCAAGGGGAGGGAGCCGGGAACGGGGUCGGGCUUUGCUCCCACGGCAGCGUUUGGUCACCGAGCCUCCGUCGCUCCCCAGCCGGAGCAGCCAAAGGAUCCUGGGCAGGUCAGAUCCCAGCUCCCAAAAUCCGGUCCCUUUUCCUGCACGCUGGGCUCUCCUGCGGCCGGCGGUGCUUCCCGAGGCUGCGGAGCCAGCAGCCGGGAAAUGGGAAGGGCUCCCGCGUGCUUUUGGGAUUUGGAAGGAAUCUUGUCCCGGUCCGUGGAACUGCUCCAGCCCUUGGAAUUCCUGCCCCUCACAGGUCCCUCCUCAGCCAAGCCCCCCCUCAGGUCGCACUUCGCCACUUUGGAGCCAGGUUGGUUUGUCCAGGUGAUUCUGUUUGGUUUCCCCACACUUGGAAGGUUCCCAGGGACAGCAAAACCCAAAGCAAAGGCUGAGCAGGAGCCUGGGGUCCCGGCACGGGCGGGAAAGCCCCGAGAUUUGGGGUUUUUCCAGCAGUGGGAUCCGGCUUCUCCCCCUCCCUCUUGCCGUUUAUCCUCAGCCGGGAUCGGGACGG